AGACAGGCUCUUUCGGUGAACUGGGCGUUUUGUUCUACUGCGCCGAACGAAGAACACCACGGUCCACCUGCGUGCAUCACGUCCCUCCCCCCUUAGCGUUUGAGACGACAGAAACAAGGACCUGCAGAUCGCACGAGCCAUAAAGGGAGCUUGUUAUCACCGUGUAGUCGGUACUUACAGUCGAGAAUUUCGCGACGAUCUAAAUCACUCGCUUUCUUUGACAUCUUGUUUUGAGGACUACUCGUUCAUCCAUUCGCCAUGGCAGCUUCUCACACCGUCGAGGUUCCGCAUCUUGGUGGAAUCAAAGCUGGAUAUCGACUUUCUGAGCCCUUCGAUCCCGCAAAGCCCACCUUCGUGCUUAUCAAUUCCAUGUGCAUGACCGUCUCCUUGUACAAUGACCAAUUCGAUAGUAAACCCAUUGCGAAUGCCGUGAACUUGUUAGCUAUCGAACCCUUGGGCCAUGGCGCCACCAGCUGUCCCACCGAGCACUUCACCUAUUGGGAUUCGGCAAUCAUGGCCUUGCAGGUGAUGGAAAAAUUGGGGAUAGAGAAGGCGUUUGCAUUGGGGACAAGCCAGGGUGGCUGGAUCGUAACUCGCAUGGCCCUGCUCGCGCCCAAAAAAAUUCUCGGCCUGCUCUUGCUUGGCACCUCGUUGGACUACGAGUCUUCUGAUUCUCGAACCAAAGGAUGUUGGGACCCUAAGCCAAUGCUAACCCCUUUUCUUGAGAAAUGGUUCGUUCCGGACCCAAACUUCGUCAUCGACGACGUCUGGUGCGGUAUGGUAAGUAGCAUGGGCUUUGCUGGCGGGGUAACUGAAGAGACAACUCAAUUCUGGAACAAUACUCUCAAGAGCGUUUAUCAAGGCGACGCUGGUCGGAAGAAGGCAAAGAUGGCACUCCUUUGUCUUUUGGAAAGGGACGGGCUGCUUGGCCGACUUCCCGACGUUGAAUGUCCUGUGUACUGGCUUCAGGGAACCAAGGAUGUGCCAUACGGUACCCAGGUGCCUGGGGAGCAACUGAAGCUGUUCAAGAACUCCAGGGAAACGAAGUUACGAAUCUUAGAAAACGGUGGUCACUACUUGAACGCAACAAAUCCCGCUGAGGUCGAAGAGGCUUUGCUGGAGAUGGCGACCAAAUAUAAAUGAUAGGAAGAGAAAUAACGGGUCUAUCCCUGUGUCUGAAUACGAAUGAAUAUAUUGCUAAGUUCUGGCUUAAAGCAUGAACUCCUGACCAACAGCCUCAAGCACGGCUCGUAAUUCCUCCAGCAACUCUUCAUCCGGCUUGGCUCGUCGCCCUUCAACUUCUAUCGCCUUCACUACUAGUGGAUAUAUGCGAACUAAGU